AUGGAGAGUAGGUGCUACGGCUGCGCUGUCAAGUUCACCCUCUUCAAGAAGGAGGUUGGCUGUAAGAAUUGUGGCCGGGCCUUCUGUUCCAGCUGCCUUAGCUUCAGUGCAGCAGUGCCUCGGGCUGGGAACACCCAUCAGAAAGUCUGCAAACAGUGCCACGAGGUCCUGACUAGAGGGUCUUCUCCUGCCAAUGCCUCCAAGUGGUCACCACCUCAGAACUAUAAGAAGCGUGUGGCAGCCUUGGAAGCCAAGCAGAAGUCCAACACUCCCCAGAGCCAUGGACUGACCCAACAAGACCAAGUCAUCGCUGAGCGCCUGGCACGGCUCCGCCAGGAGAACAAGCCCAAGUCAGUGCCCUCACAGGCAGAGAUAGAAGCCAGGCUAGCCGCACUGAGGGGUGAAACCCAGAGUUCCAUCCCUUCCACCCAGGAGAUGGAGGCACGGCUUGCCACGCUGCAGGGCAGAGUUCCACCUUCUCAGACCCCCCAGCCGGUGCAUCAGCCACCAGAUCCCAGAACCCAGGCCCAGCAAGCACAGGACCUGCUGACACAGCUCACUGCAGAGGUGGCUAUUGAUGAGAGCUGGGAAGGAGGAAGCCCAGCUGCCUCUGAUCAGAAUGACCUCAACCAGGGUUGGCCAGGCGGCCUGAGCGCACAUUCCAAGGGGCAGGCCACCCGGUCGCUGGACGGGGAGGAGAGCAGGCUGCUGGCUGAAGCUGCAGUCGAGCUGCGGGAGGAGAACACGAGGCAAGAGCGGAUCCUGGACCUUGCCAAGCGCCUGGCCGUGCUUCGGGGACAGGACCCCGACAGAGUGACCCUCCAAGACUAUCGCCUCCCAGACAGUGAUGACGAUGAGGACGAGGAGGCGGCCAUCCAGAGAGUCCUGCGACAGCUCACUGAAGAGGCUGCCCUGGAUGAGGCCAGUGGCUUUAACAUCCCUGCAGAGCCAGCACUCCGACCCCCGGCCAGGUCCUGCAGGGCAGAGCCUAAGGCCCAGGCCACGGCCCCCAGGCCCGAGGCUGAGGAAGAGCCGCUCCCCUGGUGCUGCAUCUGCAAUGAGGACGCCACCUUGCGCUGUGCUGGCUGCGACGGAGACCUCUACUGCGCCCGCUGCUUCCGGGAAGGCCAUGACGCCUUUGACCUUAAAGAGCAUCAGACAUCUGCUUACCACCCCCCACGUGCAGGCCAAGCACACUGA